GUUUCGCAGCGACUCUUAGCUGUAUUUAAACUCUCUGAAUGAUUCCAAGCUUACCUUAGACCAGUGAGCGGAAACGGAAACUGACUGCACGCUCAACUCUUCGCGCGUCCUUGUCAAAGCUUUUGGCGCCUCAGACGCAGUUUGACUGCAUUUGUUAGUGGUUCGUCGACCUGUUUGUCUACUAGUCGUCAACUUAAGUCGCAUUUUCUUACUAAACUACCUGAUUACAGUCAUGGCAAGUCUUUCAACGGGCGCGAUAGAGGCUUUAGCAAAUGGCAGCGGUUGUAACGAAGCAGUGCUUCAGUUGGUGAACAUUCGCAAGAUCGAUGGCGGGAGUGGGCCCUCUCGCUUCAGGGUGAUGAUGAGCGAUGGACGACACACACUGUCAUCCUUCAUGCUCUCCACUCAGCUAAACUACAUGGCCGAGGAAAACCUUCUGGUCCCAAACUGCGUGUGCGUCCUGAAGAGGCAGGUCACCAAUAUGCUCAAAGACGGACGACGAGUGGUAAUCAUUUUAGAAAUCGACGUCAUCAAACCUGCUGACGCCUCUGGUAAAAUAGGAGACCCAAUUCCUUACUCUGACGCCCAGAGCAGAGGCCCACAGCCAGCUCCAGUCCCUGAAAGCAGACCGCCUCUGCAGUCACAAAACAGAAAUAAUGAAGGUGUGGUCAGAAAUUUGAAGAGAGACUUUGCAAAGAAGAUAACUUCUGCUUUGCCUGAUACUCCAGGAGGAAGCUCCAAAAUUGUCCCCAUCGCCAGCCUCAACCCCUACCAGUCCAAGUGGACGAUCCGGGCUCGUGUGACCAAUAAGGGCUCCAUUCGUACGUGGAGCAAUGCUCGAGGCGAAGGAAAACUCUUCUCUAUGGAGAUCGUAGAUGAAAGUGGGGAGAUCCGUGUGACCGGCUUCAACCAAGAAGUCGACAAGUUCUUCUCUCUCAUCGAGGUCGGCAAGGUCUACUACAUCUCCAAGGGCUCUUUGAAGAUCGCAAACAAGCAGUACACGUCGGUGAAGAACGACUACGAAAUGACUCUCAACGGAGAGUCCACCGUCAUUCCCUGUGAGGACAGCUGCGACGUUCCCAUGGUGCAGUGCGACUUUGUCUCUAUCGGCGACUUGGAGAACAGAGAGAAAGACGCUAUCAUUGAUGUGAUUGGAGUGUGCAAGAGCGUGGAUGAGCUGACCCGCCUGACGACCAAGUCCAACCGCGAAGUGUCCAAGAGGACGAUGAGUCUGAUGGACAUGUCCGGGAAGUUGGUGACCGUCACCCUGUGGGGAGAGGAAGCGGAGAAGUUCGACGGCUCCGGACAGCCGAUCGUAGCCAUAAAGAGCGCCAAGCUCUCGGACUUCGGAGGCCGCUCGCUUUCCGCGUCCUUCAGCAGCACCAUGAUGAUCAACCCAGACAUCCCAGAGGCGUACAAGCUCAGAGGCUGGUAAGUCGAGCCCAGCCUGGACGAUAACAGCUGGGGAAAUGCAUUCCUGCUCUGGCACAUGGGAUGCCUCGCAUACAUCCAAAGUUGAAUAAAGUAAACAUUUUAGCGC